AUGUCCAGAAGAAAGUUUCAGGAAGAUGAUCCACCUUACCUAAAUGGACUCUGCUUUAAAAAAUCCUUGAAACUGUUUCAGCAACUGGUUGACAAAACAGUUGCUCAGAAAAGGGAGGAAAGAUUAGGCUUGCAGGCAAAAGAUACUGAGGGAAUGGAUUAUGACAAGUUCUUUGAUGCAGUAAAGAGUCUUUUUGGUCCAGAUGUAAAAGCUCAAGAUGUUAAAACUUUCUAUAGGAAGAUUAGCAACAACCCAGAUGGGCAGACAGAAUGGUGUGAGAUCUUUGGAUAUUACAUGGUGGAAGGUGAUGUUCUUGCUGCCCAGCUUGAUGAAGAAAAUACGGUUUUCCUAGUAUCCAAAAAGCAACGGAUUACAAAAGCAGGAGUCAAGAGAAGUGAUGUAAUCAGAUGCAUGGUAAAGGUAUCUCAACUUGAUUUUUUGCUAACAGCAUCUCAGAAAGGAAUGUUGUCUGUUUUUACUGGCCAGAUGCGGAUCCUAUCAAGCAUCAGCAUCCCAGACAGUUCCUGGAUCACUGGAUGUGAUUACCUUGGUCAACUCAAGCGUGUUGUUGCUGUGACAGAAAGAACUAUCAUCCUAUGGGAUUAUAAAACACAAGAGAGUGCCCUGGAUAACUGCUUUAUAAUCAAGCCCAUGGAACACUGCAUCCUCUCUAUUUCUGCCAUUCCUCACCCAUCGGAACUGCUAUUGAAGGAUGACAUCUUACUGGGGGAUGAUGGUGGAUAUGUCACUUUGUUUACGCUUACCAGUGAUGACUUUGGUCUAAAACAAGCUAAAUCUAAAAAGAACUUGCACGUGAUGGUUAUAGAUUCUAAGAAAUUCAAAAGCAUUAAACGCAAACUGCAUGAUGACUGGGUUGUAAAAGUAAAAUACAUUCCAGCUUUGAAUUGUUUUGGAUCCUGCUCAUUGGAUAGCAUUCAUUCAUUGGUUUUAGAUGAUCUGAAAAGACUUGAAGACAAUGUACCUGUCAGGGAUUUUUCAGUACCAAGAGGAGUUAACACUUUCACAUAUUGUGGAAAAGCCAAUAUUAUUGUUACAGGAGGAGAUGAUAAAAUUCUUCGUUUAUGGCAUCCAAACAUCAAUACCAAGCCAGUGGGGAAACUGAUGGGACAUUUGUUUAGUAUCACAGAGAUUGUCACCAAUGAAAAAGAUCAGCACAUUAUCAGCCUUUCUACUGCAAAAAUUUUCAGGGUGUGGGACAUCCAAACACUUUCAUUGAUGCAAAUCUUCCAUGAUGCUCAAGGGGUACCCAGAGAGUCACAAAUCUUUGCUCUGGUAUUUGACAAUAACCACGGGACACUUAUUGCAGGAUCAGCAGUCAUUGAUGUUUAUCCUCUCACUCGGAUGAUACAAGACACUAAACAAGUCCCCCAGACUCAUGAAAGGAGCAUCAAUGUGCUGGUUUACAAUAAGGUGUUUCACCAAGUUCUUACUAUCUGUUCUGAGUCUGUUGUAAAGGUCUGGGAAUUGGAAACAGGACAGCUAAUAUACCAGAUUGAAGAUGCCCAUGGGCCAAAUGUUGAGUUGACAUGUGCAGCAAUUGAUAAAAAUGGAUUUCAUCUUGCUACUGGAGCAUGUGAUGGGACUGUGAAAAUAUGGGAUUAUGGAAGUGGGCAGGUACUUAAAAUUUUGCCCUUAGGCAAGGAAAUCAAGGACAAUGAACAUUGGCUGAUGCAGAUGGACUACCUGAAAGCCAGUGAGAGUAAGCAUGUGAUCCUGGUCUUGGAGUACAGUGGGAUGCUCAAAAUUGUUCAGGGUAAUGAAGGUGAAAUUUACCUGUCUAUAACUUGGGAACUCCCUGAAGCUGUGUCAUUUGCUCUACAAGGCUAUCCACUCAUGUCCCUAAAAUUGAAUACCAAUGUCAAGAAAAAUAAUGGUUUUUUCCCAGAUGUCCAACUGCUGCUUGAUACAGAUCUCAUAAACUCAAAUACAGAGCUACCUCCUGGGACUGAAGUGAAGUGCUUUGAUUUGUUAAAAAUAGAAGGUUACAGUUUGUUAGCUACUGCAAGUGCAAAUGGUUCUAUCAUCAUGUGGGAUUUUGAAGCUGCCACAGCCAGACGCAUAUUCAAAGCUCGAGAUGAUAUUCACUCAGAUAGACCUGAAUUACUUAAAAUCAACUGGUUAUUAUUCCUUUAUCGAGGCACUAUCUCUGAGAGGCAAAUGAGUGAAUCUUCCACCUCUUGUUCAGAUCCACAGUGGGGGGAUGUUUCUACACAGGAAGGAGAAGAAAAUGCUUCAGUGUUAAAGAUGAAUGGUGUUAAAAGUGAAACUGCUGGUAUAGCAACUCUUUCAGAAACAAAGCUUCCAGAUUCUCUCCCCUCGGGAAGCAAAGGAAUAAUACCUAAUGUAUUAUUAGUUGGAAAAGAAACUGAUCGUUGCACUGUACCCAUACUUGCCUCAGCACAUGAAGACGGUUUCAUUUACCUGUGGACUAUUACGGGAGAUCUACUGAAAGAAAUUUUGCCUUUCACAAAACAUCCUCCAAUUCCUUUGACAGCACUUUGUGCUGAUGCGUCUACCAAAAUGCUUUUUGCUGCUAAUAAAGAGGGAAAUGUUAUCCAAUGGAAUGUUGGCUCAUUCCUGGAAGAUCCGAAAAAUCCCAACAAGCGUAUAAAGCAACAGAUUUGCUGGCGGGCUCAUUCUGCUAAAAUAGUCAGCCUGUUUUGUGAUAAUGAAAGAAGCCUGGUGGUGACUGCAUCCACGGAUGGUUCUGUCAGACUUUGGCAUUCAACUCAAGGACUCUACUUUGGCUAUUUUGGACAGCGCCGAGCAUUUGAAAUUAUUGAAUCCUCCGAUAUAAUUUUGCCCUGUGAUGUAAAUGAAAUUCCAUUCACAAUAAAAGAAAACAGCAAGUUUAUGGAGAAAAAGCAGAAGUUUGAAUAUCCUAUAGUCCUUGACAGGGAGAGAUGGAAGACUCUGACCAAGUCAUCUUUAACUUUGAAAAAGCCUAGCCCACAUGACAUUGAUCUGGAUUUUAAAUUUUUCAAAGCCCUGGCUUCUCCCAAGAUCAAUAAAUACCCUUUGGAAAGUUUCAAAUCUGGAAACAAAGAUAUUGGUGUUGUAUUUGGAGCUAUACCAAUCUACAGGGUUGUAACACCUCCAAGGCUGAAAACUAUUUAUGCAGAUCAAGAUGUUUCUUCUGACAAUAUGGCCAAGCGAAGCAAAGUUUUUCUUACUUCAGUAAGUGGAUUAACUAUUUCUUCAUGUUCUAUACAUGUUAAGUGUAAGAAUGUUUGCUAUAUGUCAGAACCGAAGCUGGCCCAGCCCAGCCUAGCAGCCAGGCCAGGUACACCUCGUCAGCAGCAGGAGCAAGAAGACAGCAAGGUCAGCUGGGAUGGCAGAGCACAGCCGAAGCUGGCCCAGCCCAGCCUAGCCCAGCAGGCAGGCCGGGUGCACCUCGUCAGCAGCAGGAGCAAAAAGACACCAUCAUGUUUAACCUUUCGAAAAGGUGCAAAAUCUGGUCAGAUGCCACUGAUGCCUGUUCCUUCCUCCCACGUUGCUCCCAGUACAACUCCAAAAAUUGUGAAACAGUAA